ACAAUUUUGGGGCAAACAGGGCGUUGGCAGUAUUAACCUGGCUUUCGAUUUCGUCUCCGCUUUUACCUGCUGGGAUUUAAGUUAGUAUUGAAAGGAGCUACUGCGUGAUACGGGCUUGACGAGACCCUAAGAGGACUAUUAAUACUUCGAUUUUUCUUACCGUGGAUAGAUAAACAACACGCUCAAUAUAUGAUCAAAGACUUUUUUAUAAUAUAUUACCUACCAAACAGCUUCGGAAAAGACUGUUGCAGAUAACCAACCGUAAGCAUGGAGACAUGUUUAAAGAUGUUGGUCCCUGUUCUCUUCGUUUGGUUUACUCUGUUCGUGACAGAUGUCCAUGGGCAGUGCAGUGAUAUCGAGUGCACGAAUGGAGGUGUCUGUAAUGAUACAUUCUCACCAGCGGCCUCAUGUUUAUGUAAUGGGAAUUUCGCAGGACCUUUGUGUGGAGAACUACAAUUUUUCCAGCUUUGCAAUUUAGUCACCGACGAUGGAGACACAAUCAAUCAUGUUUAUGACUACGUCACAACAGUGCAAAUGGAUGCCAUACCACAUAGACAACAAUGUUAUUCCCUUAUGAGGUUUCCCGGCGCUACUACGGUGGUUUUUACUUUCAUAAGACAUAACAUCGAAGAGCAAAAGGAUGAACUUUAUCUGUUCCCCGGGGACAAACCUGUGGCUCCGGGAACUGCUGGAUAUACGGCUUAUGAUGACACAAAUUUAAUUGACAAUCCAGAGUUUACUUUUACAAAUGCUGGUCCAAACUACGUUUUGAUGGUUAACACUGAUAAGAACAUGUUCAGUAAUUUUACAUUGGCAAUAUCCGCUGACCGCGAUGACUGCUUCUCGGCUCCCUGUCUAAAUGGAGCGACAUGUUCAGACCUCCUUCGAAAUUAUAGAUGUGCAUGUCCACAAGACUACGAGGGCCAAAACUGCGAGAAUGGCAACGUUGUGGUAGAGAGCACGACACCAAAUGUGAUUUCAGUCAACGUGCGCGAGGGGUUUACUACACAGGAAUUAGGUUUUGAUUUGACCUUAUCGCCUGCGAGUGGAGCCACAUUCUCUAUCACUGGAGGUUCGGGUCUCUGGAUGGUUUCCGGUUUCUUCUCCCCGGCUUCUGAUGGAGUCACGGCCGUAGGUGGCGGAACCAUUGAUCUUACAGCUUCCCAACAGGCUACAAACUGGGAACCUCCUUCUGAUACAACAAUCAUCGCGAUUGAAGCUAAUUCUGUGCCUGUGCCAGCUAACAUCUUAUGUUCUGAUAUGCAGUAUUUCUGCGCUCGUAUUGAGAGAGGUCUGAAUCCUUCUCCUGAAUUCAGGAUCAUAGGCGAUCCAGAUGAGACAGCUUUUAGCGGUUGUACUUCUAUAACAUGCAGAGGUGUUGAAAUAAUUGGCUCAAGUCUCACCAUAACAUCAGGAGAUCUGAGAGAAGGAAUAAGACAAACAGUCACAGCAAAUUUCAAUCUACAAUCCAAUCCUGCCGGUGGGGCUGUUAGCGGUACUGGACUAUGGAGACUUGGAUUCUUCAGUAGUGACUCCCUUACCAAUACAUCUGGCAACGGGGCUUUGGGCUUUGCGUUUCCACAACCUUAUAAUGUAGGAGUUAAUCCUGACCAAGAUGCAGAAUUCAAUGGUCUAAGUGUUGAAGUAGAUCUGUCUGGACAAUACACCUGUGAUGAUAUCCCAUAUAUCUGCAUCAUUGCUGCUAAAAAUGUCGGUGCAUCACCGGACUUCACCCUUACAACUAUACCCAAUGAUAAUGUUCUUACAGCCUGCACAAGUAUCACAUGUAGAGGUGUGGAAAUUUCUGAGACCAAUCUGGAUGUUAUUGAAAAUGCUAUACAAGAAGGGACAUCACAGGAGCUCUCAAUCGGCGUCUCAUUUUCAUCUGUUCCUGAAGCUGGGAGCGUGAGAGGGUCCGAUCUCAUUGAUGUCGUCUUCUUCCUCACGAACAGCAAUGAUGGAACUGGCAACCGCUUUGACCUUACAAAUGCAGUUCCUUUAGCAAUUACAGAAAUAAAUGCCGGUGAAGUUGUUAUGGAAUUGAACAUUGCUGCAAACUUUGAUCUUACAGACGGACCAAUAUGUUCAGAUUUUAGCCAUAUUUGUGUUGAAAUGGAGAGAGGCACCUCUUCUUCUGUUGAUUACCAAUUAUCAGGAAAUCUCAUUGGUUGUCAACAGAUAGCUUGCAGAGGAGUGGAGAUUUCAGAUACAUCAGUGACAGUUUCCGGUGAUAUCCUUGAAGGUAGAUCUGAGAUACUGACAUUGAACAUCAUCCUUCAAUCUAUCAGGGAAGCUGGGAGUGUGAGUGGGUCUGGUCUCAUUGAGGUGAUCUCCUUCUUAAGCAACGACGCUAAUGGCUUGGGGACUCGUUAUGACACUUCAAGCUCCACUGCCUCGUCAGGAGUUCAUGGCUUUCAAGGAGUAACGGCUGGUACCCCUGCGCAAAUAUCUAACUUUGAUGUCAACUUUGAUCUCACAGAUGGACCAACAUGUUCUGCCUUUAAUUAUAUAUGUGUCGAAAUUCAACGAGGAACAUCGCCUUCGGUUGAAUAUCAGUUAUCAGGAAAUCCUUCAAAUGCCGUACUAACUGGUUGUUCUCUGAUACCAUGUAGAGGUGUUGAAGUAUCAGGAACAAGUGUAGGAAUCAGCGGAGGUGAAAUCAUUGAAGGAAUUACGUCCCUUCUUAACUUUGAUGUUGCCUUGCAAACAAGUGCAGAUGGAGGGAGCGUGUCAGGUACUGGUCUGUGGCAGGCAUUAGCCUUUGGAAGCUCUUCCCCAGAUGGAUCAGGUAGUAGGUACCUGGAGACGGCCAUCAACUUUCCGGCUGCAGCAGCCAAUGCUGGUGUGGUUGCUGGCCAGGUCACAUCCUUGUCUGGGCUGGAUGCAUCUUUCACGCUGAGCUCAUCUGUCACGUGUGCGGAAUUCCAGUACCUCUGUGUCCAGAUCCAGAGGGGUGAAUCACCAAAUCCUGACUUCAGUCUUAGUGCGGUGCCAGAUCAAAAUUCAUUAAUUGGCUGUGCCCAGACCAGAUGUGGCGGAAUUGAAAUAACUGAUACGGUACUUCAAAUCCAGAGUGGGUAUCUACGAGAAGGAUUUUCACCAAACACAAUCGCUUUUGAUAUCUCUCUCAUCUCCAACCCUGAUGGCGGGAGUGUAAGCGGUUCAGGGCUAUGGGAUGUUACAUCAUGGAUAUCAACAGAUCCUACGGGUGCAGCUUCAAGGUAUCUAGAGCAGUCUAUCAAUCUAACUCCAGAACAAAGUGGAACACCUAUCUUAUCGGGAGAGGAUACUGCUCUCAUGGAAAAUGUAAUAGUGGCAUGGGAUUUGUCUGGGGGUCCAUUGUGCACACAGGCAACCUACAUGUGUGUUCGUGUUGAAAAGGGAGCAAGUGCCAACCCAGAUUUUCAAGUCUCUGGCCAACCGAACAAUGAUGUGUUUACGGAUUGUGUAUCGAUCCAGUGCAGAGAUGUUGCAAUUACAAGUACUGAACUCGACCUUCAAUCUGCAUCUAUUCUUGAAGGUGCUUCUCAGACUCUUGUUUUCGACUAUAGAAUUAACAGUGACCCACUAGCAGGUGGUGUUAGUGGAACAAACCUCUGGGAGCUCUUUUUCUUCCUGAGUGAUGAUCAGUUUGGUUCUAACCCAAUCAACGAGCAACGAAUUCCGCUCACUCAAGGACAAGCUAACUCCGCAAUAGCUCCUGGAAGUCCUACAGAAUUGACAAACGUUGAUACUAUAGCAAAUCUCCAGAAUGGACCCACCUGCUCACAGUUCAGUCAUGCUUGUGUGAGACUGAUGAAGAGUUCCGGGGCCAAUCCAGAUUUUGGUCUUACAGAAUCAUCUAACCCUUCUGCAUUCAUUGCAUGCCAAGCUGUUACUUGUACAGGUGUAAGGAUUACUUCCACCCGCUUUAAUCUUCUAUCAGGCGAUAUCCGAGAGGGUACGCCAGAGGAAGUUAGAUUCGACUUCAUUCUUGAAUCCGAUGCAGCAGGGGGAAGUGUCAGUGGUAGCCAAUUAUGGAACGUAACUUUCUUUGGGAGUCAAGAUAGCACUGGACUGGGACCUCGUGUACAGCCACAGGUGAUUGAUCUGACCACAGCGCAAGGAGAGACGGCCAUUAGGGCAGGAACAUCUGCAGUCAUUUCUGGCCUCGCCUUAAGCUGGGAUCUCACGGAUGGUCCGCUAUGUUCAGAGUUUGACUUUAUCUGUGCUCGGGUAGAGAAACAUGACAGUUCUAGCCUUGAUUUUGUCCUCUCUGGGAUCCCAGAUGAUACAGUUCUAACAGACUGUGUAAGCGUCAUAUGCAGGGGGGUGGAGAUCACACAAACAACAGUGUCAACUAUUAGCCCAGAGGUCUUGGAAGGAACUGAUCAAGGAUUGGAUCUGUCAAUAACGUUGGAAUCUAAUAGUCUUGCUGGCAGCGUCAAUGGUGAUGACCUCUGGCAGGUUAACGCCUUCCUGAGUGCAGAUCCUAAUGGCAUUGGUGUGAGACUAAAUGAAAACAACAUUCCUCUCACAGCCGCUCAGUCAGGAUUAGAUAUAAAUGCAGGAAGCGCGGCUCAAUUGUCCUCUCUUGUCUACCAACUUGAUCUGGUCGGCGGCACAACUUGUUCCGAAUUCCAGUAUGUGUGUGUGGAGGUUCUGCAGGGGCUGUCGCCCAAUCCAGCUUUUAGACUUGAAAAUACACCCGGGGAAAUCCAAGAUUGCAUACCGAUAACAUGUAGAGGUGUUGAGAUAACCGACUCAACUGUAACCUUUAUUUCUGGUGGAGUCCGUGAGGGUGUGACUGGGCAGGAUUUGAUCCUUAAUUUUGAUUUGCAAUCAAACCAACUUGCCGGGAGUGUAAGCGGAACCAACCUGUGGAACUUUGAGGUGUUUGGCAGUUCAACAGCUGAUGGUAGUGGGGAUCGAGUGACACAGGUUGUCCUACCCACAUCAUCUCACUACAACACACCAAUUGUGGCGGGUGUUGCUGCUGUCUUUGAUGACAUUGCAAUCAGGUGGGACAUGGAUGCAGGCUCGACGUGUGCUGAUGUGCAGUACGUUUGUUUCGAGGUGUCAAAGAAUGAUGCAUCAACACCAGACUUCACCCUCGUUUCCAGCGGCAGCAUUCUUCGUGAUUGCAUAGCAUUGGAUUGCAGAGGAGUGGAGGUAACAGGUACAAGCCUAGAAGCUGUUUCUGGUGACGAGCUUGUGGAGGGGGAUUCCGCACACGAGGUCGUCUUCAACAUUCUGGUCAAUUCCGACCCAGCAGGUGGCAGUGUGUCCGGUGAAAAUCUAUGGCAGGUCAGAGCUUAUGCAUCAGACAGCAGUACACCUGGUGGAAGAGUCAUCAGCCCCAUUGACGUCACUUUGACUCCUAGUCAGAGCCGCGAAGGAAUUGUUGCUGGUACAACAACAACCAUUGAAGACGUGAGUGCCAUUCUUGAUCUGAGUGGCGCCUUGUGCAGUGAAGGGGUUGAAGGAUUCUGUGUGGUGUUCCAGCAGAACCCCUUUUCACCAACAAGCUUCACAUUUGAUCCUCAACCGAGUGACAAUAUUCUUACUUCUUGCAUCCCAGCUACGUGCACUGGUGUCCAGAUAACAGAAACCAAUUUCAACAUAAACUCUGGUGCAACACUUAUUGCUGGAUCUAGUAGACAUGACAUAGACUUUGACAUCAAUAUCAUCACUGAUGCCGAUGGUGCAGGCGUAACAGGUUCGAACCUUUGGGAGGCUGAGUUGUUCCUGAACUCCCAAAUUGAUGGACAAGGAACAACUACUGUGUCUGCACCAACAGUUAUUCCACUUAACGGCGAAACUCUGACUGCCGGUGUAUCCUAUACUUUGGAAGGCGUUAACUCAUUCCUCGAUCUGUCGGGUUUGGCUUGUAAUUUACCAUUCCUUUGCGUGAGGCUGAAUAAGAACCCAAACUCAAAUCCAGACUUCACCCUAUCCGCAGCGUCUGCUGACAGUCUUGUCUCUUGUCAGAGUCUACCUUGCAUGGACACUGAUGAAUGUGAUCCAAACCCUUGCCUCAAUGGAGGGAUAUGUACGGAUCUUGUCAAUUUGUACUCUUGUAGCUGUCCAGCCGGAUUCUCAGGAACAAAUUGUGAAGAAGAUAUUAAUGAGUGUAACAGCUUUCCAUGCCAAAAUGGUGGAAUUUGUCAACAGGGAGUAAAUUCCUUCACAUGUACCUGUGCUGCUGGAUACACUGGAACCUUCUGUACAGAUGAUAUCGACGAGUGUGCCUCAGCUCCAUGCCAGAAUGGUGGUAUUUGCAACAAUUUGAUUGCCUUAUAUACAUGCACUUGUCAGGCUGGUUACACUGGAACUAAUUGUCAAAUUAAUAUCGACGAAUGCAGUUCCUCUCCUUGUGUAAAUGGAGGCACUUGUACUGACCUCAUCAAUGGCUACCGGUGUGACUGUGCUCCAGGAUAUGGUGGAGACAACUGCCAAACAAAUAUUGACGAGUGUGCAAGCUUCCCUUGUCGAAAUGGAGGGGAUUGUAUUGAUCUUAUUGCUGCUUACACUUGCAUGUGCCAGCCUGGCUGGACUGGUCCCACAUGUGAAAUGGACGUAGACGAGUGCCUUAGCAAUCCUUGCAUCAAUGGCCAAUGUAAUGGCCGCGGAACUAACUUCUACUUCUGUACAUGUGAUCCCGGUUACACAGGAACCAAUUGUGAUAUAAAUAUUGAUGAUUGUUCUCCGAAUCCUUGCCUCAAUGGUGGUCAAUGUAUUGAUGAAAUAAACGGCUAUAGAUGUAUUUGUGAACCAGGCUGGACUGAUACUAAUUGCCAAAUAGAUAUCAAUGAAUGUGAGGAGACAAUCAACCCUUGCAAUGGUAACGGGGUAUGUCGCAAUCUACAGAAUCGAUUUGAAUGCGUAUGUUCACCUGGUUGGACAGGCCCACGCUGUAGCAUCGACAUCGACGAAUGUGAAUCUUCUCCUUGUGAAAAUGGGGGCACCUGUGAUGAUGGCAUCAAUUUCUAUACCUGCAUGUGCCCGGAUGGCUUCACUGGCGUUACAUGUAAUAUUGAAAUCAAUGAAUGUACAAGAGAGCCUUGUGAGAAUGGUGGAACCUGUGAGGAUGGUACUAACACUUUUGUCUGCAGGUGUCAGGAUGGUUGGGAAGGUCCAACAUGUGCCAUUGAUAUAAAUGAGUGUGCAUCCAGCCCGUGUUUGAAUGGAGGAACAUGCACGCAUGGCGUUAACAUCUACUUCUGCCAGUGCACACCUGCUUGGUUCGGUGUCAAUUGUGAACAAGAACGUGAGGAGUGUAGUAGCAACCCCUGUCAGAAUGGAGGGACUUGUAAUGAACUGACUAAUGGCAAUGGAUAUGAGUGCACAUGUGCACCAGGAUACACAGGAACACACUGUGAAACAAACAUCAAUGAAUGUAAAAGUGGUCCUUGCAUGAACGGUGGAAUGUGCAUUGAUGGUGUUAAUGGAUUUACAUGUGACUGCGUAGAUGGCUAUACAGGGACAAUCUGUAACAUUGAGAUCAAUGAAUGCUCUUCAACUCCCUGCGCCAAUGGAGGAACUUGUGAUGAUAGAAUAGCAUUUUACGUUUGUACAUGUGCGCCUGGAUGGACUGGAGCUAAUUGUGAUAUCGAUAUUGCUGAAUGCGAUAGCUUUCCCUGUCAAAAUGCUGGCAUGUGUACUGACUUUAUCAAUGCUUACUCAUGUAAUUGUCAAGCCGGAUACACUGGAAUCAAUUGUGAAAUUGAUAUCAAUGAAUGCUCCAGCUCUCCCUGUUUGAAUGGUGGAACAUGUGAAGAUUUCGUCAAUUUCUACAGCUGUACCUGUAUUGCAGGCUUCACAGGGCAGAAUUGUGGAAUAGAUAUUGAUGAAUGUGCAAAUGGACCUUGUUUGAAUGAUGGUACCUGCGUUGACAACAUAAACUCGUUUACUUGCGAGUGUGCCAGUGGAUUCGGAGGAACCUUUUGUGAAAUAAAUAUAGACGAGUGUGCCAGCAGUCCAUGUCGAUCAGGUGCAGAUUGUAAUGAUCUGAUAGAUGGCUAUGAAUGCAUAUGUCAACCGGGUACAGAAGGACCCCGAUGCUUUAUUGACAUUAACGAGUGCGCAAGUUUUCCUUGCAUGAAUGGCGGAGUUUGCACGGAUCUACCGAACGCAUACACCUGCACAUGUCUGCCGGGAUAUACGGGCACCAAUUGUGAGAUUGAUGUAGAUGAGUGUAGCAGUGGCCCUUGUAUGAAUGGGGGUAUAUGCACUGAUGAGAUUGAUUUCUUCUCAUGCCAGUGUAUCAGUGGAUUUGAAGGACUUCGCUGCCAAACAAAUAUUAAUGAGUGUGCAAGUAAUCCUUGUCAGAAUGGUGGAGUUUGUGCAGAUGGGGUAAAUAGCUUUUCCUGCACCUGUGCUAAUGGUUGGACGGGUACAAAGUGUGAAAUAGAACUAGAUGAAUGCGAAAGCAACCCAUGUGUGAACGGUGAAUGCGAAGAUGGUGUAUAUGCAUUUACUUGUUACUGUGAUCCCGGUUGGACUGGACAAAGAUGUGAAAUGCAAAUUGAUGAAUGUUCUAGCGGACCAUGCAAGAAUGGAGGCGCCUGUACUGAUGGAAUCAACAGCUACUCUUGUCAAUGUCUGCCCGGCUGGACUGGAUUCAAUUGUGAAAUAGAUAUCAAUGAAUGCGGCAGCAACCCUUGUUUAAAUGGAGCUAGAUGCCAGGAUGGUCUGAAUCAAUAUACUUGCAUUUGUGCUGCAGGAUGGACAGGAACCAGAUGUGAAAUAGAUAUUGACGAGUGUGCAUCAUCGCCUUGCUUAAACAGUGGGUCUUGCAUAAACUCCCAGAAUGGAUACAUGUGUACAUGCACACCAGCAUACACUGGCACCAACUGUCAAAUCGAGGUUGAUGAAUGCCAGAGCAAUCCUUGCCUGAAUGCAGGGUUCUGCAAUGACAGGAUAAACUUCUAUACAUGCACCUGUGCCAGCGGUUACACUGGUGUGCACUGUGAGACACCGAUUCGUUACUGCUCUAGCAAUCCGUGUGUUAGAGGCAUCUGUGUUGAUGAAGUCAACGCUUUCAGAUGUGUAUGCGAUGCAGGCUGGACCGGGGUAUUAUGCAGCACAAACAUUGAUGACUGUGCUAUCAACCAAUGCUUGAAUGGGGGUACGUGUAUUGACGGUGUGAAUAGCUUCAGGUGUAGUUGUGCACCGGGAUGGACAGGAGACCUAUGUGGCCAGGAUGUGGAUGAGUGUGCAAGUAAUCCAUGCAGGAAUGGGGGAAAUUGCAACAAUUUGCAAAAUAUGUUUACUUGUACUUGCCCAACAGGAUACACGGGAGUGAUUUGUGAAACAGAGAUUGAUGAGUGUGAAAGCCAGCCAUGUCGCAACGGUGGUUUGUGCUUUGUCAAUCCAAACGGCCUAUCUUUCAGGUGUGCUUGUCGGGCAGGUUAUGUAGGAGAUCUAUGUGAGAUAGACUUUGAUGAAUGUAGCUCCAACCCUUGCGUAAAUGGAGGGAGCUGCACGGACGAAAUCAAUGGCUUCCGUUGUACAUGUCUCCCUGGGUUCGGCGGGACCACCUGUAGUAUUAACAUCAAUGACUGCACUGAAAACACAUGCUUGAAUGGUGGAAUCUGUUUGGACUUGAUCAGCGGAUACAUGUGUGCAUGUCCUCAAGGGUAUUCAGGAAACAACUGUGAAAUAAAUGAGGAUGAGUGUGCCAGUAACCCAUGUAUCAAUGGAGGAGAAUGCAUCAACCGUGCCCAAGUUCAUGGUUAUGAUUGUACUUGUGCCCCGGGCUUCACUGGCACUCAUUGUGAAAUAGAUAUCGAUGAAUGUUCCUCAUCUCCUUGCUUGAAUAAUGGCAUCUGUAACGAUGGUAUCAAUUCAUACACAUGUACUUGCUCACAAGGAUGGACAGGAGUACACUGUGAGAUAUCCAUUGGGUGCAGAGUAAACUAUACGCUUGGAGUUGGAGGGAAGGUCAUUAUCAACUCGCCUAACUACCCGUCCAAUUAUGGCAAUGGGGAGAACUGCCUAUGGUUUAUUACGGGUAUCAAUGGCCGUGACGUCAACAUUGACUUCAAGGAUUUCAUAACAGAGAACAGAUAUGACAACUUCAUUGUUGGAGUUGGGCCUGACCCUAAUAUUGGCAGUCAGCGAAUGGGUUUCUCUGGCCCUGUCAAGCCGGGCCAAAACUCAUUGCAGGGAGUCAAUACAAUCUGGAUCCGUUUCCAAACUGACAGUGAAAAAACAGAUCGGGGCUUCUCGGUGGAAUUCCGUGACAGUGCAUACCGAGUCAUAACACCUUGCGAUGCCAGGCCCUGCAUCAAUGAAGGAGUCUGUUCUAAUGUUGGAAAGAUUAAUUUCCGCUGUGAAUGCAACAACUUGUGGACAGGACAAAACUGCGAGCUUCCUUCAGUGAGAAACAAAUGUGGAUUGAAUCCCUGUACCAAUGGUGCUGAAUGUAUGAAUGUUGGGGAGGAUUACACAUGCCUAUGUCCGGCCGGUUUCACUGGAAAGAACUGCACUGACGACAUUGAUGAAUGUGCACAGAAUCCAUGCCAAAAUGGUGGAGAAUGCUUCAAUCUUAUCAAUGCCUAUGCAUGUGCCUGUCUGUCCUGUUACUCUGGACGCAACUGUGAAAUAGCUCCACCUUCUGCCGCCUGCAGUGUAAACCUAUGUGAGAAUGGAGGAGACUGUUCCUACAACCGUGGAACCUACAAGUGCUCGUGUGAAGAAGGCUAUGGGGGAGAAUACUGCCAAAAUGAUACUGACAAAUGUCGCUUCAACCCUUGUGAUUUUGGUGCAUGCUCUACUGUGAAUGAUAACUAUCUGUGUACCUGUAAUGAGGGUUACAUGGGUACCCAGUGUGAUAUUCAAGAUACUACUGAUUGCGUCAAUGCAAAUCCCUGUCAAAAUGGUGCUGCCUGUAUGGUUGAGAAUGGCACCUAUUCCUGUGACUGUCCGGUCGGAUUCCAAGGGGAGUACUGCUCAGAAAAUAUCAAUGACUGCCUGGAUGAGACCUGUAGCGGGAAAGGAGUUUGUGUGGAUGGCAUAAAUGGCUUCACGUGUGUGUGUCGCAGUGGGUACCUGGGUAACCGCUGUCAAAUAGAUGUUGAUGAAUGUGCAUCAAAUCCAUGUUUGAACGGCGGAGUUUGCUUAAACGAGGCGAAUGGUUUUAGCUGUAUAUGUACUGGUAGUUUUGUCUUACCUCUCUGCACCCCAGAGCAAAUUAUCAGCUCUAGUGGUAGCCAGCAAAGUACAUUCCGAGGGACUCGUAUCACCCUGGAUCCAUAUUUCAUCCUCCUAAUCGUGGCUCUAGCAUUGUUUGCCAUAUUCUUCCUCCUCCUCUUCCUAAUUGCCAACUGCUGUAGGGCUAGAACGGACCAAUAUGAUACAGAGAAAGCACGAUUGGGUGAAUACCCAUCCCAAACUCGUCCAGAGAUGUCCAUCCUGGCAAACGCUGAACCCCCAGGUGCUCGAGAGAACGACUAUGCCAUUCACGGACCGAUCCCUCCAGCCGGCGGUGGAAAUGUAUCUACCAUGAACAGCUUUGAGAAUCCAUGGCCACAGUCAGAAGACGAACUACGGAAGACUGCUUUGUAAAGAAUGACCAAGAUCCCGUUUCAUAAAGACUUGUUCUAAUAACAAAUGCACAAAUCUAUAGCAAGUUCAAUACUAGCCAAUCAAAACGAAUGAUUUUGGUAGCUUAAAAUGGUUAUUUCAAAUUUGUUAUUAUGACAUGAAAUGAGCUCUAGAUCUGACCAACGAUGACGAUUUUUACUACACUGUGAUCUACAAUGAUGUUCUAUACUACAUUGACAACAAUAAAUCUUAUUAGAUGAAGCAGUAUCUGUUACGAUCAUUUAGACAUCAACUUUCAAUAUUCUCAUAUGAUCAACAUUGUAAUUCAAUUGCUUUAUCGGUCAUUUUUACCUCUGAAAAUUACCAAUAAUUAAUGGUCAACUCUUUUUUCAGUCAUUUUCAGUCAUUCUUUCUUGAUGAUUUAUUUAUUUUGAGAGGAAAAUCAUUAAUGAAACUUGUCGCGCAAAAGUAGGGACUUCUAUUUCGACCAUGAUGAACACUCUUAUUGUUUUAUUCAUAUCGGUCCAUUCUAGAUUCUUUUCUCACUUAUAAUAUUAAAUUUUAUUAAAGUGGCCUCUCUGAAGAUUUGUCAGUACUUGAGCUCAUAAUGGAUGAAGUAUUUCAUAUUCAUAUUCCAUGAUGACUAGCAUGCAGUUUAAUGACAUGUCCACCCCAACAGAGAGUUUAGUUGAAUAAAAAGUGAAAAAUUAAAAAAACAAGGAUAAUGCUGAAAAUGUCAUUAAAAUUUGGAAUUUUUAUUUAUAAAGAAUUAGGUCUUUUUGAAAUUUCGCUUUUUUCACCGAAAUAGUAUAUGCACAAAAAAUCAGAGUGAUGUGCAAAUGAGAGUAAACAAUGUCGCUCACUUGACAUUUCUUUUGUACUUUAUUGUUUGAAAUAUUUCCAUUUUGCAGGAGUUGCAUUAAGGAGACUGAUCAUAAAAUUAUGAUAGAUCACUGGCGUAGAUAUUGGGGGGCUUGGGGCUCUUGCCCCCUCAAAAAAAAAUAUUACCAAGGAAAAAGAGAAAAAAGAAAGAAAGGGAAGUGGAUAAGGGUGAGAUAUGAUAUUAUUUUCUGAAUAUUAUGUCAAACUCUAUCCCAAACUUCAAAAUUUUUGCUCGCUCGCUUUUUAUUAAGUUUACACGAUGCGCCAUAGCAAGCCCGCUCAAAAUUUUUGGCUCAUUGCGCCACUGCAAUAGAUUACAAAAAUGGCAACUCAAAUUAAUUUUUCAGACAGAAAUCAAUUUUUUUUACAUAACAAUGAGAAAAUUAGUACAUUUCAUGUAAUAAUACACAUGUGAGAAAUAGUGAGUGUUUGAACCCAUCAGUUUACUUCAUUCGUAUAUUACAUUAAACAGGCUGUGCAUAUCUCUGUUUGUGCCACUAAAAGAAAUUUCAAAUUUCAGAUCCGAUUUGAUAAAAAAGGUCAGUAGUACACAUGUUUUCCCUUUUAUAUUCACAUCAACUUGUUGUUAUGGUGAACUUAUCCUUUAAAAAUCCAUUCUUAAUGCUAAUCCUUUAUUGGUGUACAAGGUAUUCUGACUUUCUUCUACACUUUGUUGUCAAUGUAUUAUCACAGGAUUCAAGCAAGCUGUGCUACUUGAAUUUCUUAGCAUGAAUAUCAAGAUUUGAAUUUUUUGAAAAAAUAAGUUUCUAAAAUGUUUGAUUAUAGAAAAAAAAUGUUUGUGUUCUUAUUUUCUUAUCAAGCAAAAGUGUUUUCUUGUAUUGUCCCUUUUCUCCCUUUAAGUUGGUAUUCUUUACAUACAUAUAGGGAAAUUAGGUGAUGUACUGAAAUGUUUCGAAUUUUCAAUAAAAUGUCUUUAUUUCUAAUUUUGUUUUUUCUACAUGCAUUUUUUCUGUUAAGCAUUAUUGCUUUUUAUUCAGCGUCACUAUUUUUUCAGUUUGAUUCAUCUUUACAUUCUUUAAAAAAAUAUUAGCACCACUUGCGGUGUUGCAAAAUGGAAAUCACUAUUUUUAUUCUUCCAGCAUUUGUUCAUUGAAAUAUAGGUUUCAGGGUCCAUUGGUUUGAAUGAAAAGUUGGAUUUCACUAUCACAGUUUAAAUAUUUUUCGCUUUGCGACUUAUGAAAUUUGGUUUCCUUUUAUUUCAAGUUUUCAAUCCUCUGAUAUAGGCUUAUAUUUUGUUAAAUAUGUUUUCAGGCAUUUUCGAAGUUCCUUGAUAUUGCUGGCAUAUAAGCAAUAUUUCAUUUUCUUUCUUUUUACAAGUGGACAUUUGUACACAUCUCUUUUUGUCAAAUGCCAUUUUAUCAAAUUAUAAUUAGUCACUAUCGGUAAUGGUAUUUUUGUUAGAUUAGACCAUAAAUUGGUGAACUAAAAAAAUGACUAGUUUAGAAAUCGAUUGCAUGGUAAUAAAUCUACACUUGAUAAGAAUUUUUUUCUAUUCAAUUUGAAGUAGACGAUAGCAUUCCUUUUAACUUAUGGGAUAUGAUUUAUUAUAUAGAUUUGGGGUUUGUAUUACUUUUUUACAAAUUACUACUAAGCUCAUAUAUAUUGACCAAUAAGGAUUCCACACAAUCUAAUACCCCAUAGGCAUUCCACAAAGCUUUUCCCUAAUAAAUUGUGCCUCCAUUCAUGGUUUCAUAGUUUAAUCACACUCAACACUAAAUAAAUCUCAUUUGAAGAGCGACACUUCUAGAUCAACCCCCCCCCCCCCUUCCUUCGAUUACAGUCAUGAAAGUAGGCUUUUCAAACUACCCCACAUUCUUCAUUCGCUGUCAAUUUUCAGCCGGAAUGGGGCAAAAUUGAAAGGCUGAGAUUAUAUUUUUAACUAGAAACUACUCCAGUUAUUAUUAGCUUGUAGGCUGUAAAAGAUCCUUGGGUGUUAUGUGAUGGGCUGCUUGCACCUAACUCGGGUGUGUACCCGGUGUGUGUCAUCGAAGACAAUGAGAUAUCAUCGAAUUUAUAGUGUUCCGUUCCUCUCAGCCUAUUGAUUACCCCCCAAAAUUGGCAACAAACAUUCAUUUUGUCUACAUUUUCAUUGAAAGAAAAAUAAUAUUUAUAUAGCAUGAGUCAAACAAUUGAUUUACUGAAAAGUUGUCUUUAUAAUGUUUUAGUGUCUAAUGAUUAAAUCGAGUUAAAGAUCAUCUAUUCAGGACCGCGACACUACAUACUUUACUGGGAAUGGUAUAGUACAUUUUUCUCUUUCACACCAUAUUCUAUUUGAAAUUUCUAUAGCAUUCAGAAUUUUGAGAAGCUGCAAUAAAGAGGAAUAAUAUUCAAUUUCCCAAACAAGCUGACGCCCAAUUAUUCACAAUUGUUAUAAAAUUAUUUUGUCUUAUCUGUCAGCAAUUGGGAGGGCUAAAAAUCCAGAAACUAUCUGUUAUACAUCCAAUGAUUAUCUUCAUAUGGACAACUCGGUUAUGAAAUCAAAUCAAUUAUGGGAACGAUUGAUAUGGGUUAAAGGGAUAAUAUUCCAAGCAUAAUGCCCAAUUAUUCACUAAAUUACUUAUCUGUCAACAAUUUGAUCGCGAAAAUCAAGACACUAUGUAUCAUACACCCAAUUAUCUACAUGUGGAUAACUUGGUGAUGAAAUCAAUUAAGGGAUCAUUCAAUUAUUCAAUCACAGAAAUUAGUCAGCUUAGCUAACAAUGAAUUGCUAAACUAUUGAUCAUAAGAAUAUCAAUCAUCUUAAGAACAUGUUAAUUAUCAUUCAACUCCUAAAUCAUUUGAAUCCAAUCUAAAGUCACAUUGAAUCUCUGGAAUCAGUCUUUCAUUUAUCGACCAAAUUAAGAAUUUAUAAUCAAUAAAUUGUCAAUCAAAUCAUCUAGAAAAUUGCUCAUUCGAUCAACAUAAUCACUCAAUUUGAUCACCAGUACCAUAUAAACAACUAAGCCGGCAGCAGAAAAAAAACUCUCCCCAUCAAUUACAGUAAUAUUAUGUUCUUCAUAUUUUCUUUUUAAUGGGGUAUUAUAAUUAUAUUAAAUCAUAAUUUCUGUAAUUUCUGAAAGCAGUGAUUUCACAGCUAAGUCUAUGUAUAUGAACUAUUGAUUGACACGUUGCUUUAGGGGUGUAAUUCAAUCAAGCACUUCAGAUAGCUAGAUGAUUGUGUUGUGUUGGGCGUAUUCUAAAAGGUUUUGAUGAUCUACAACAACAAAAUAUACUUAAAAAUAUAUAAUAUUCUAAAAUGCAAGAUAUCUAUAUUUACUCAAUACAAUAUUAUCUCUGAUCUCAUUUAGUCAUGCGGGCUUUGUAAUGAUACCAUGUUGAUAUGGCAGCAAUGUCAAUGCAUUUCAUAUCAUCAUGAAACCCUUAUGACUUUGUGUUAUUCAUGGAGAUGUCAUCAUAUAUAUUUUUUUCAAAACCAACUGUUUUUCAUUAACUUGUCAGCUGUACGUAGCUGCUUCUCAGUUGCUAUGAUUGGAGAUUAAUGAUUUAUAAUUAAACAAUGAAUUGAUGGGGAAA